AUGGCCUUGCCUUUGCCGGCUCCAGAGGGACAGGUCGUCUGCAAGUACUGCGGCCUCCAGUACCCCAACACACAGGGCCGCUGGCGCGGCGACCUCUUCGAGUGCCGCCAUUGUGCGGCCUCUCUGAAAGCCAUGUAUCGCAACCUUGGUGGCCUGCCCGCAGACUUCAAGCAGAUGUCUUCUGAGGAGACCAAACACUUCUUCAGUGGCUUGGCUCGGCAGCGAGCGGAGCUCGCUAAGGACCAGCACUGUACCUGGAAAACUGUCCGUGCCUCCUUGGUCACGACGCUGGCAGAGAAGAGGACGAGCACCUUCAAACAAGAGCUCGAGGGAAAGUUUUUGCCUCUGUCCGUUUGGGAGAAACAAGGCUUCGACGCCCAGUCUGUCAUGAAGUGCCCCAAGGAGGAGAAUUCGAUCCUCGGCGAUCUCUUCUGUGUUCCAGUGAAAAGCAUUUCCUGGACGGAAACAGUUGAGAAAAUUCAGCCAACCCUGCUGGAGCAAGAACGCCAGGCAACGGCCAAGAAGCAGGCCAAGAGCAAGAGCAAGACGGCGGAGAACGACUUGGACUUGCCGGCUCCCGCCCCGAGCAAGAAGGACGACGAAACCAAGGAGAAGAAAGACAAGGAGCUGGCCAAGGCAGCAAAGAAGACUCGUGGCGAGAACGGCAAACUGAACGCCUUGGCCGCCAAGUCCCUCGGUGAGAAGCUCCUCGACCCGGAGGUCCGCACUGUAGCGGAAGCACAGCUCGCCAAGCUCGCGGACCGGAAGGCUCAGACCGGGCAGCUGCUGCAAGACUUCGAGAAACAGACGAAGGCACCUGAGGAGCAGCCAGUCCAGGCUCUCUCCUUGCCUUACGACGCCGCGGAGCUCAAGGUCUUGCAGAAGCAAGUUUCCCAGACAGCCGCGGUUGUACUCGUUGUCAGGGAAAUCCGUGCCGCCCUGGCAAAGGGGAAACGGAAGCCGCACGAAGCGGGCUUGCUGCAGUCUUCCGGAAGCAGAAACUCUGCUUUCCUCGACGAGGUGGAGUGCGACUCACCCGGCCUGGAAGGCGAGGGGCUGGGCUUUUUCCUGGACGCUGAGCCGAGCAAGCCGCGACCCGUCUUCUUCGACAAGACGGACUCUCCCCAACCCGUGGCUUGUCGAGGACAACGCCUCACGACAAAGCAGCACAAGUACAAGAUCCGAUCAAAGGUGCUGCUGGACUCGUGCCGCAGCAUUCAGCCCAGGUUGUCUGCAGACCUCGAGCAAAAGAUGAAAGAUCACGUGCAAUUGCUCGAGAAAGUUCUGCAAUUCAUCUUUGCUUUCGACACCGGCUCGGAACCAGUCUUCAUCUACACGAUCAAGACAUUAUAA